AUGUCUGCCUCUGAGGGGGCUGAGAAGCACCUCAGCAAAGCUCCUGAGCCCUUUGACCAGAUCAAGGUGCGGGCCUUGCCGGAAGCCUGGUGGAGGGGCAGCAGCAACGCCAGCAAGUUGGAGCUGAGUAUGGUAGUCCUGGCCGGGCUUAAGCCUGGACUGCUGCUGGCCAUGCUGAUGGUGACAGCAGCAGCGACAGCAACAGCGACAGCAACCCCACCCGCCAGUCUACUGAGCCUGCUUACCUCCGGCCAGGGCUCUCUGGACCAAGAGGCACUGGGCGGCCUGUUAAAUACGCUGGCGGCCCGUGUGCAGUGCACCGAAGGGCCGUGUGGAAAGUGCCUGUCUGUAGAGGAUGCCCUGGGCCUGGGCAUGCCUAAAGAGCCAGGGCCCCUGCCGGGACCAGUCCUGGAGUCCAGGUACAUUGCCCACCUUAGCGCCGCUGCCACCCUCUACCUCAGCAAUCCUGAGGGCACGUGCGAAGAUGUUCGGGCUGGCCACUGGGCCUCUCAUGCAGACCAUCUCCUGGCCCUGCUUGAGGGCCCUAAGGCCCUCAUCCCAGGCCUGAGCCGGCUGCUGCAGAGUAUCCAGACACAAGCUGUGAGACAGACCACUGAGGAGGAGACUUGCGUAGACAUUCCUCAAUUGCUGGAAGAAGCAGAGGGGGCCGGGGCUCCAGGCAGCCCUGGUGCAGUCCUAGCUGCCUUGCUGGACCAUAUCGUGAGUGGGUCCUGCUUCCGUGCCUUGCCGAGCCCUCAGUACUUUGUGGACUUUGUGUUCCGGCAGCACAGCGGCGAGGCUGUCAAUAUCACACUGGCUGAGCUGUCGGCUUUGAUGCAGCGCCUAGGGGUGGGCAGAGAGGUCCAUAGUGACCACAGUGACCACAGUCAUCACAGGGAGGCCAACCAUCAGGACCCUGUGCCCUUUGCCACCUCAAACAACAGCUCCAGUGUGUGGGACAUGGUAUGCCUGAGCGCCAGGGAUGUAAUGGCUGUGUAUGGGCUGUCGGAGCAGUCUGGAGUGACCCCUGAGGCCUGGGCUCAACUCAGCCCUGCCCUGCUCCAGCAGCAGCUGAGUGGGGCCUGCAGCCUUCAGCCCAGCCUCCCAAUCCAGGACCAGCUCAGCCAGGCAGAGAAGUAUCUAUAUGGCUCCCUGGCCACGCUGCUCAUCUGCCUCUCCGCGAUUUUUGGCCUUCUGCUGCUGACGUGCACUGGCUGCAAUGGAAUCACCCACUACGUCACACAGACCUUUCUGGGCCUGGCGGUUGGUGCACUCACAGGCGAUGCCCUCCUGCACCUGACACCCAAGGUGCUGGGGCUGCACAUGCACAGUGAUGAGGGCCUAAGCCCACAACCUACCUGGCACCUCCUGGCCAUGCUGGCUGGGCUCUACAUCUUCUUCCUGUUUGAGAACCUCUUCAACCUUCUACUGCCCAGAGACCCAGAGGACUCAGAAAAGGACGGGCCCUGCAGCCACGGGAGCCACAGCCAUGGGGGCCACAGCCACGGUGUGUCCCUGCAGCUGGCACCCAGUGACCUCAGGCAGCCUAAGUCAUCCCACCAAAGCUCCCACGCAGACCUGGUGGCGGAAGAGAACCCAGAGCUGCUGAGCCUGGAGCCCCGGAGACUGAGCCCAGAACUGAGGCUGCUACCCUAUGUGAUCACACUGGGCGACGCCGUCCACAACUUCGCAGACGGACUGGCCGUGGGCGCCGCCUUUACGUCCUCCUGGAAGACCGGGCUGGCCACCUCGCUGGCCGUGUUCUGCCACGAGGUGCCGCACGAGCUGGGGGACUUCGCGGCUUUGCUGCACGCUGGAUUGUCAGUGCGCCGAGCGCUGCUGCUGAACCUGGCCUCAGCGCUCACAGCCUUUGCUGGCCUCUACGUGGCGCUUGCAGUCGGAGUCGGUGAGGAGAGCGAGGCCUGGAUCCUGGCUGUUGCUACCGGCCUGUUCCUCUACGUGGCGCUCUGCGACAUGCUUCCGGCCAUGCUGAACGUGAGGGACCAGCGGCCCUGGCUGCUCUUCCUAUUGCACAACGUGGGCCUGCUGGGCGGCUGGACCGUUCUGCUGCUACUAUCACUGUACGAGGACAACAUCACCCUCUGAUAUCCCUGCCCCAGUCUUGGACCUUUGACUCUGACUCCCACCCCUGCGUUAUCUCAGCCCCUUGGACCUACCAGGCACCCCUAAGCCUAUAGCCCAGAAACUAGGAGGCCUUUAAGAAUCCCCAGCCCCAACUCCAAUAAACACACUCUUGUCCUUGGA